AUGACAAUGACAUUGACAUGCAUCCCCUCAGCGGAUUUGCAAUGGCGCUUGCUCUACUCGGAUCUAUUUCUUGAAGAGGCGGCUACGUGGGGGCUUUGAUGCACUAGACACGUCGAGAGAGGCUACCCUCCUGCUGUAGACGCUGCAAGGUCUGCACAGCUUAAGAAGGUGUUCCGAGCGUUUGCCUUUGUUUCUUCGAGAGAGCAUCAAGCAUGGGGCAGCAGCGGGACCAUGUCCGCGUGGUUCUGGUUGGGGACUCAAAGACGGGGAAGACCUCACUGAUCACUGUGGCUGCGUCAGACCAGUGGCCCGAGCAAGUUCCCCCAGUCCUUCCUCUCACCAGGUUGCCACCUGAUCUGCUGCCGGAGCGCAUGCCUGUACUUGUGGUCGACACGUCAAGCCGGCAGGAGGACUGGCCCACGGUGGAGCAGGAGCUCAAAAAAGCGGACGCCAUUAUCAUCACAUAUGCGACUGACCGGCAGGAGACGUUCAGCCGGUUGCGAUCGCACUGGCUACCGGAGGUGCGGCGGUUGAAGCUCAAGGCGCCGAUCUGCCUGGUGGGGUGCAAGCAAGACCUCAGGACAGACAGGCAACCGGCACUGGAACAGGUGGCUACGGAGCUGAUGAAUGAGUUCCCCGAGGUCGAAACCACCCUGGAGUGCUCGGCAAAGGCGGGCACCCAGGUCGGGGAGGUCUUCUAUUACGCGCAGAAGGCGGUAAUGCACCCGCUGCCGCCCCUGUACGACUCACGCACGCAGCGCCUCACCCCGCGGUGUACACGCGCCCUCAAGAGGAUAUUCACACUGUGCGACGAGGACAAGGACGGGAUCCUGAGCGACGAGGAGCUCAACAACUUUCAGGUGAUGUGCUUCAACGCGCCGCUGCAAGAGCAGGAGCUGGCGGGCGUGAAGAGUGUGGUGUACGAGAAGCUGCCGGCGGGCGUGCAGGACAACGGGCUCACCCUCCUCGGCUUCUACCUUCUGCACACGCUCUUCAUCGACAAGGGCCGCCUGGAGACGACGUGGACGGUUCUGCGGAAGUACGGGUAUGACGAUACCGUGCAGUUGAGUAAGGAGGUUCUGGACUUUCCCCAACUCGCAACCAAGGCGCCGGAUCAGAGCGUUGAGCUGACGGAAAAGGCGCUGGAUUACCUGCGGGGCAUCUUCUUGCACUUCGACAUCGAUGGGGACGGGGCGCUCAGCAGCACGGAGUUGGAGGAGGCCUUCUCGACAGCGCCAGAAAACCCCUGGGAGGAGGACGAGCGGUUUCAUCGAUGUACAGAAACGAAUGCGGAGGGCUCUCUUACUUUGCGGGGCUUCUUGGCGAAGUGGCGGCUCUUCACCCUCUUGGAACCACACUCUGCGCUCGGCUACCUCAUCUACCUGGGCUUUCCCGACCGUGACAUCAGCACCGCGUUCAAGGUGACGAAACGACGGCGCUUCGACCGGAAGAAGAAGAAGCUCUCGCGUGACGUCAUCCAGGGCUUCGUGUUCGGGCCGUCGGGGGUGGGCAAGAGCGCAAUUGUCGACGGGCUGAUCGACAGGUCCUUCACGGAAGCGCACACGCCUACGCGAAGCGACCGGUAUGCUGCACAAGUGGUCUCGACAUCGGAGGGGCAAGAGAAGAUGCUGGUCUUGCGGGAGGUGACGGGGGCCUCAGUGGAUCAGCUGCUUGAUAACGAGAACGGGCUGGCGGCCUGCGAUGUUGCGGCCUUUGUCUUUGACAGCACAAGCGCAGAGUCGCUGAGCGAGGCGGUGGAGCUGCUGACGAGGAUUGCGGACCACGCGGAGAAGUAUGGCCACGAGGUGCCGUGCACACUUGUCGCGGCUAAGAGAGACAGUGGGGACGCGGUGCUGGCAGAGAGCGUGCGGUAUGCAACGAAUCUGGGGCUGGAGGCGCCUCUCCCAGUGUCUAUAAAAGAGGGCGACACGCCAUACCUGCAGCUAUUGAAUCUGGCCUUGAAGCCGCACUCGAACAUUCCGGAGACCGAAAGCAGCAAGGCGUCCAAGCAGCAACGGCUCGCCUCGCACCGGUACCUUGUAACCAUCGGGCUGGCCUCUGUUGUCGUCGGAGGCUUUGUCGCCUACCGCAUCUACGCCAGACAUAAGCAGCAGGCAUCUGCAUGAGUGACCAUCUUGUAGGUACAGGGUUGUAGGGGUUCACAUGAACUGAAGAGCUAGUUGCGCAGGAUAAGGACCCAAGAAUGGUGAACACCAUCAAGGCUUUUGUCAACGGUCGACAAUCACUGUUCCAUUAUUCUCCAGGUCGUCCCUGUAAGAUUUUGGAUGGCCGUGGUGUGCCCUGUUGUCAGCGGGUUUGUUAGCAACUUACAACCGUAGCUUAGAUUGAGCUAACUUUAAGUCUCUGAUGGAGCAUGCCUCAUUUAGGCCCAUGUGCAUCGACUUCGUGGCCUUCUGUUCCCCUUACCUUCACUUGGAUCGUUCAAAUACAUCGCUUUCAAGAACAUGGCCUGGCGUAAACUUUUGAAGACAGGCUAGCUAUAUACUAGUAUAUCACAAGGCUUACCUAGCAAAAAAAUAUCAAGAUCGCUUUAUAGUGGCAACGUCCAACAAACUCUGAUGCCG